AUGCUCUCGAGAGGGCCCUGGCGCACACCUCAGCUGAGUCACCGAGAAGGCUCGCACACUCCAGCUUCCGUCCAGUCUGGGGCCACGAGCCACACUGAGCCAGCCACGAGAGUCCUCGUACACAAGAGCGAGAGACAACGGCGAGAGACAACGGCGAGAGACAACGGCGAGAGACAACGGCGAGAGAAAACGCCGAGAGACAACGGGGAGAGACAACAGCGAGAGACAACGGCGAGAGAAAACGCCGAGAGACAACGGGGAGAGACAACGGCGAGAGACAACGGCGAGAGACAACGGCGAGAGACAACGGAGAGAGACAACGGCGCGAGACAACGGGGAGAGACAACGGGGGAGAGACAACGGCGAGAGACAACGGCGAGAGACAACGGCGAGAGAAAACGCCGAGAGACAACGGGGAGAGACAACAGCGAGAGACAACGGCGAGAGAAAACGCCGAGAGACAACGGGGAGAGACAACGCGAUCGAUGA